AUGGAUAUAGAUCCAAUAAGGUGGCGACAGACCGAAGACACCUACCUACCACUACAGAGGCCGAUCAGACAGUACACAGAGACGGAGACCAGGACCCAAUCGGCCCCUGCUAAACCUAAAGACAGGGAGUGUGUGGAGGAGCAUCUGAAAGUGCAUGAAGUCUCUGAGCCACAGCAGCUGCAGAACUUCAGUGGGAUGAUGAGGUUGACAGAGAGACGUUACUUCUUGCGGGUGGGUGAGGGCAUUUCCAAGAUGGACAGAAAUAAUUUGAGGGUCACUGAUCAGCAGGAAGCCCAGAGGAGCGCUUCCCUCAGCCGGCUGCAGCCCGGCGGGAAGUUAACCUCUGGAAUCCAGAAGCGCUCCCCUGCAACAUCCGCAGUCUUUAAAGACGAAGGAUCGCAGCUUGAAACCUUCCAGUCUUUGACCUUUCAGCCUGAUCACGGCCAAGAACAAACUUACUUCAACACUCCACUCGGGCCCCACCCUGAUACUCCACCUUUCCAAGUAAAACAGAUGCCUGAAGAUGAAGUUUCCCAAGCUCCCAUCCCCCCUCCCUGCCUCGGCCUCCAGGAAUCCAAUUUAAAUAUAUCGGAGGAUGAUUAUGGCAGCGAGGCUGAGGAGGGACGGAUGUUCCCGGAGAUCCAGAAUCAGGACCAGAGUCUUGGCUCUUCGUUAGUGCCUCAGCAAGGAUCCUCUUCCUCCAGCUCCAACAGAGAUGAUAAAACUGAGGGUGAUUCUAAUGGGGCUCAGAAAAUGUUGAAGAUACCUUCAUCGAAACCAACAAGGAAUCCUGAUAGUCCGGAUGUAACAAAAAUAGCAUGGAGCGGAUUUCUAAGAGAAAGAGCGGAUCAGAACGAUGUGGUGGAGAACAGAGAGCAGAUCCAGGACGUGAGGAAUCAACAAAGUCUGCACAAACUGGAAACUGGGGAAUUCCAGGCCCUCAGGCAGCAGGUGGAGGCCCUUCAGCGGCAGUUCAAGCAGAGAGAGAGUGACUGGUCUGAAGUUCGACGCCAGCUGGAGGAAUUAUUUAGAGAAAACUCUGAGCUGAGGGAGAAACUCACAGUUACACCACAGUGCCGCCAAGUGGCCGGUCGAUGUACUGCACAGACAACCACCAUACUGCAGGAGGGACAGUCAAAGAUGGAGCAGCUAUUCUCCAACGAAUGCGGCCUGGUGACCUUGACUGAGCGGACACGUAAAAUACCUUCUGCAGACCAGAAGACAAAAACAGUAACAUUUUUAAAUGGUGACAUCAAACACAUUCUGGAGGAUGGGAAAGUGGUGUAUUACUAUGCUGGUUCACAGACAACACACACCACCCACCCAAAUGGUCUGGAAGUCUUUCACUUCCCCAACAAGCAGAUUGAGAAGAGACAUCCUGGGGGGAAGAGAGAGAUCUUGUUUCCAGACCAGACCAUCAAGUAUUUGGAGCCCGACAGCAGCGAGAGGACGAUCUUCCCUGACGGCACCAUUGUUCACCUCUCAACGUCUGGCGAGAAGAUGGUCGAUUUCCCCAACGGUCAGAGAGAAAUCCACACUUCCCAGUACAAGAGGAGGGAGUAUCCUGACGGGACGGUUAAGACCAUCUAUCCCAACGGACGACAGGAAACCAAGUACGCAUCAGGCAGAAUACGCACCAAGGAAAAAAGACAGAGUGACCAUCUUACAUCUUAAAUCAAUGUGUUUGUUGUGUGAGGCAGAGAGGGUUUGUGUGUGUGCGUGUUUGGGGAUGAAGUGCUGGGAAGAAAUACUUUUAUAAAUGCGUGUGUGAACAUUAGAUUAUAGAUGUUCACACAUUGUAGAUUUAACUUUGUAUUUUACCCUCAUGUAGCAAGUAAUUCAUUUCUGAGUAUUUAUUUGGUAUUUAUGUGUUAUCCCCAAUAAUGAUUCAAUUUAAUUAUGACCACUUUUCGUUUUGUCGUGAAAAAUGAAAUG